AUGGGGGACGAUUACCUAGCUGAACUUGAGGAUGAGGUUACACAAUCAAUGUGGCCUGAGAAUAUAGGAGACAAACACCAGAGGCAGUUCAGAAUGGAAAACUUUAGGAAGGACCAAGAUGCUUUCAAGGAUGUGAAGUUUGAUGAAAAGCCUGUUCAUGUGGAUUUUCAGCGGCUUAUGGAAAUGGCAAAUUCUGAGAAAGGUGUUUCUCAGAUGCAAUACUUUAUGAAGCACUGGGAAUAUAAGAGAGCCAAUGCUGCUCGGCUUCUGGAGGAAGAGCUUGGUCUUCUCUGCCAACAAAGGAAAGAGAUUGAGCAAAAUAAGCAACAAAUCUUGGAGGAGCAACGUUUUCAGGAUGAGAGUUAUUAUGCUGUAAAGCGGCAUGUACCGAUACUGGAUGAAGUUUAUGAAGAUGAAUGGAAGCGACCUAGCAAAAAGAAUGACGAUCUUUCUCGUAGUAGAGAGACUAAAAUAGAUGCAGAUUAUGACAGUGUUUCCUACUGGAAAGAGCGGGCAACUAAGUUAGAGGAAAAACUUGAGGAAAGCAUCCAAAGGGAGCGUUCUUUAGUUGAAAAAUUGGAGGAAAAUAUUAAGAAUCUGCAGUCACACACACCAGCUGAGGAAUUCUCUGGAAUGCUAAAACGCGCCGAUUACUUCUUGCACUUGGUUCUACAAAGUGCUCCUAUUGUUAUUGCUCAUCAGGAUGCUGAUUUACGGUACCGUUUCAUAUUUAACCACUAUCCAACACUUGCUGAUGAGGAUGUUAUUGGUAAGACAGACUAUGAGAUAUUGUCAGGUGAGGGUAUAGAAGAGAUGAACAGUGUCAAGCGAGAAGUUAUGGCCACGGGAAUAGCAACUAAAAGAGAAUUUGCGUUUAAUACACCAAUGUUUGGGGCAAAGACAUUUGUGACAUACAUUGAGCCAGUUUUCAGCAAAGGUGGGGAAACGAUUGGCGUGAAUUAUGUUGCAAUGGACAUAACAGAUCAGGUCAAAAGAAGAGAGAAAAUGGCAGACAUAAGGGUGAGGGAAGCUGUCCAAAAUGCCAAGGAAACUGAACUUAGCAAAUCUCUUCACAUAACAGAGGAAACAAUGCGAGCAAAACAAAUGCUAGCUACCAUGUCCCAUGAGAUCAGAUCUCCUCUUUCAGGUGUUCUUAGCAUGGCCGAAAUUCUUGCAACUACCAAACUGGAUAAAGAACAGCAUCAGUUGCUUGAAGUUAUGUUAUCCUCUGGAGAUCUUGUAUUGCAGCUGAUCAAUGACAUCCUUGAUCUUUCCAAAGUGGAGUCAGGGGCCAUGAAACUAGAAUCUACGACAUUUAGACCAAGGGAAGUAGUUAAACAUGUACUCCAAACUGCCGCGGCUUCUCUAAAGAAGGAAUUGACCCUUGAAGGGUGCAUAGGUGAUGAUGUUCCAGUGGAGGUUAUUGGUGAUGUGCUAAGGAUUCGGCAAAUUCUGACCAACUUGAUCAGCAAUGCAGUCAAGUUUACACAUGAAGGGAAAGUUGGAAUAAAUCUUCAGGUCGUGCAUGACAAGCAACCAGGAUGCAAAAUAGAGGGCGGGAAAAUUCAUAAGCGAGCGUAUUCUGGGACAGCAAUUACUGCUGCAGAAACUGCUGCUGUCUCUCCAAGAAACUGUGAUAAAGAUAAUUUGCAUUGCUCGAAACAUGAAGAUGCUUUUCAGAAUGGUGUUCCAACAUGUGAAAAUUUCAAGGAGGAUAUUGAGGGAGAGGAAGUCGUUUGGCUUCGCUGUGAUGUAUAUGACACUGGAAUAGGAAUACCAGAGAAGUCCUUACCAUUGCUGUUCAAGAGGUAUAUGCAAGCUAGCACCGAUCAUGCGAGGAAGUAUGGUGGGACAGGGCUUGGCCUGGCAAUCUGCAAGCAGUUGGUGGAGUUGAUGGGUGGUACUCUGAUUGUGGUCAGCAAAGAGAAUGAAGGAUCAACAUUUACAUUUGUGCUGCCUUGUAAAAUCCCUGUAAAAGAGGAGCAUAGUGAUGAUCCUGAUGAAGUGCACAGUUCUCGGAAUGAUUCUGCAAACAGUGAUAUAGAAGGUUCUUUCUUUUUCAAGCCACAAAUGCGAGCUUCUCUUCUGUCUCCUGGAGUUUCAAUAAUGAACAACACAAAGUUAUUUGGUGCCAAGCUUAUGUGUUAUGAUCCGCCUGACAUAUCAGAUGACCGCAAAUUGUCCUCAAAUGGUUUCUCAUCAACGGAACAUAAUUUUACAAAUACCUCUACUGCUCUCCAACCGAAUGGUGCUAAUGUUAGGAGCACAGCUGAAGAAGAACAUGAUAAUGCAAUGGUCCUUGAACUGAAUAGUCAAGCUGAACGGGUUUCCAGUUCCCGAGGAGACUUGCUAUCCGUUUCAGGUGCUGCUCCAUGCAAAGUUCUUGAAGAACAGUCACACCACAAGAAAUCAAAGUGUUCUCCAACCAGCAACAAAGCAAAGAUCCUCCUAGUUGAAGAUAACAAGGUCAACAUAAUAGUGGCAAAAUCAAUGCUGGAGCAGCUGGGCCAUGCAAUAGAUAUCGUAAAUAAUGGGAUGCAAGCAAUCCGUGCGGUACAGCAGCAUCAAUAUGAUCUUAUUCUGAUGGAUGUUCACAUGCCAGAAAUGGAUGGCCUACAAGCAACUAAACAUAUCCGUUCUUUUGAGAAUACUGGCUGUUGGGACGUUUCUGUAAAGCCUGAAGACAAUCGGAUGAUAACCGACUCAACUAUUUCAUCAGAUUGUGCACAUGCAAAAAAGCAAGGGCAGAGGGUUCCUAUAAUUGCGAUGACAGCAAAUUCAUUCGCAGAGAGUGCCGAGGAAUGCCUUGCUGCAGGCAUGGAUUCCUACAUAUCUAAGCCUGUGAACUUUCAGAAUAUAAAAGAAUGCCUGCAGCGGUAUUUAAUGUCUCAAUGA